UAGCAACGGAUAUUCGAACAGACAAAGUUAUAAUCCAAAAUGUCGGACAACGACGACGAUUCGAAGCCCAAUUCCAGCCAAAGUAGCAAACAUAGCCUAAAGUCUGCCACUGGAAAACUUAAAGCAGAAGCGUUGAGAAGACUACAACUCAAAGAUGCCGAAUAUGAUGACGAAAAUGGCCCCGAAAAUGGAAGUAGUAGAGAGUCUACCGAUGAAACUCUAAAAUCGACUGGUGAAAAUGAGCAAGACGAGGGAAAUAAAGACAAGACCGCGAAAGGCGAUGUUGAUGAGGGGGGACAGGAAGGUUCUGGGGUCUUUGAUGAACCAAAUACUAACAAAACGGGGAAGAUAGAUACCAAUGAUAAUGAUAAGCCAGAGAUAAUAGUUUCCAAGACUGACACUGAAGUGGCUUCUGGUGAAAAUAGCAACGGCGAUAUUUCAGUUGAGAAAGACGAGCAGUCGGAUAAAAAAGAAGAGGUGUCUGUUUCCAGAGAUCGUGAAGAUGAAUCUAAAACUCCAGUUAAUGAGAGGGGAGAAUCUAAGUUUGCUGAAACUGCUGAGAAUGAGGGAACAAAAAAAGAAGUAGUUGAAGGAACAAGUGACAAAGCAAGGGUUGAUGAUGGUAAUGAUCCUAAAGGGUCAGGCAGCGGGGGUGAUAACACAACUUCUGGUGAAACUGGUAACAUUUCUAGUGAUAACACUGGUGGUGAAGUUGCAAAAGAUGAAAUAGGUGCUAAAGGAACUAGUAGUGAUUCUGCAGGCAGACCAAGUUCAGGAACCUUGCAGCCAGGGACUGGUUCAAAAAUAUCUCAACCAGGCUCAGGAAAGGCUCCUGUAGGAGAAACUAGUAGUGGUGCUGCUGACAGACCAAGUUCAGGGACCUCUAGACCAGGGACUGGAACAAGAAGAUCCAGACCAGGCUCAGGAAAGGCUCCUUUGGAGGAUGCAUCAAAGUCUUUAACGAAAGAUGAUGGACAUAUUCAAGAUCAGGGUGUUAGUAAGGAUCAUGAUCAAGAAACAAAGUCUGGUGGUAAGACCGAUGAAGGUUCUACGGAGCAAACAGCUGGAGAAGGUGAUAACGAGGGACAAAAAGGAUCAGGAGGUGUUGAUGGUGCUGGUGAUGAGAGUACUGCUGGUCCUUCAACUGAUAAAGAGGGUGCUACAGCUUCCGCCAAGAUGUCAGGAGACAGUAAAACUGAUCCUAACGUCACAAAAUGUAGUGCCACUGAAACAGAAUCAAAAUCUCAUGGUUCACAGUCAAGUUUUGAUGAUUCUAACGUUGAUGGUAAAUCAGGAGAAAAAACUCUUGACAAGGGGGAAGAAACUAGUGACGAAGUUUCUCCACCAAUGAGUGAACCUGUACCUCAGAACAAUGUUACAAGUAAUACUGAUGUUCAGGAUUCUUCUCAGGAAGAAUCAAAGGACAAGGUACCAGAUAGAGUAAAAAAGGACAGUGAUAUCGGUACUGAUGAUAAAUCUAUUCCUAAACAGGAUAGUGAUGAAAAAGAAAAGUCUGCUGCAGCUGAAUCAAGCCAAGAUAAUGGUGAUAAAAAUGAUGAUGUAAGCGCUGGAAAUGCUGAUGGCAAAGCUGGUGGUGCUGAUGCUGGUGGAAGUGCUGAGAAGCAAGCUUCUGAUAGUAACCUAAAAAAUAACAAAAAUGAAAAAGGUGGCUCUGGAGAUGAGACAGGAGGAGGACCUUCAGAGGAUGGCAAAGAAAAGGAUGGAGAUGAAAAAGGUAAAGAUGAUGAAAAUGAAAAAGAAAAGGAAGGGAAAAAGAAGAAGUCUAAAAAGAGUAAAAAGAAUGAGAAAGGAGAAAGUAUUGAGUCAAGUGAAGGAGAAAAGGAAGAGCAACAAGAACAAGAGAGUAAGGAAAAUCAAGAAGAGGGUGUACCAACCAUUCAAGGUGAAGGUGAUGAAGAAGAGGAUGCAUUACCUGAUGAUUUCUAUUAUGACUAUGAUGGCGUUGCUUCAAAACCAUAUCGUACAGAGGGAAUUCCUGAUCAACUAAUCACUUUACACCAUUCAUUUGGAUAUGAGUGCACAAGGAGGUCAAACCUUCAUGUCAUGGAUGAAGAUACAGUUCUCUUCUCAGCUGGUAAUGUCGUACAGCUGCUUAACAUCAAAACUCAAGAACAGUCGUACUUCCGAACAACUGGUGGUGGCGGCAUUGGCGCAAUAGCUGUUCACCCAAGUAGAAAAUACUUUGCUGUGGCUGAAAAAGGAGUCAAACCAGAUAUCAAUAUCUUUGAGUACCCUUCACUCAAACUAUACAGAGUAUUGCGUGACGGUACAGAGGUAGCAUAUGCAAACCUUGACUUUUCUCCUGAUGGAACACAGCUGGCUUCUGUUGGUAGCUCACCAGAUUAUAUGAUGACUAUCUGGGACUGGAAGAAAGAGAAGAUCUCGCUGAGGACUAAAGCAUUCGCUCAAGAUAUCUACCAGGUUGCUUUUUCUCCUGAUAAUGAAGGACAUAUUACUACUGGUGGAUCUGGUCACAUAAGAUUCUGGACAAUGGCAAACACUUUUACUGGCCUCAAGCUUCAAGGCUUGAUUGGGAAGUUUGGAGCAAAGGAAAUAUCUGACAUUGAAGGGUUUGUGGAAUUACCAGAUGGCAAAGUCUUGUCAGGUUCUGACUGGGGUAACAUGUUGUUGUGGGAAGGAGGACUGAUCAAGGUAGAGAUCUGCAAGAAAGGCAAGAAGACCUGCCAUCAAGGGAUGAUACAACAGUUCUUCAUGGAUGAGGGAGAACUAAUGAGUAUUGGUGUUGAUGGAUAUGUGAAGGUGUGGGAUUUUGAAAGUAUAGACACUGCCGACACCGAUGAGGAAGGAUCCCUAUUUGAAGUUGAUCCAAUGUAUGAACUGAAGGUUGGUACUGACGUCAAGCUGAUGUCCAUGCAGAAAGCCGUGAACAGUGAAGCACCCAUUUGGUAUGCGCAGGAUGCAGCUGGUGGGAUAUGGAAGCUUGAUCUCUCCUUUACACAUACUAGCCAUGCUCCAGAGCACUUGUUUUCAUACCAUGCUGGUAUCAUCACAGGAAUGGAUACUUCACCUGUUGCUCACUUUGUUGCCACGACUGGAGUUGACCAUACUGUCCGUGUCUAUGACUAUUUGUCCAAGAAACAAAUUUGCCACAAAAAAUACAACUCUGGUGGUUCAAAUCUACUGUGGGUCCCCAAGAUGGUCGACGCCAAGGGCACCAGCAUUCUAGCAGGGUUUGCUGAUGGCGUGGUACGACUACUCACCCUUAACAAGGUCGAUCUUUCCCAAGUACGUUCAAAGAAGUCCAAGUCGAACUACGAGCUGACUCUGACCCAAGCCUUCAAGCCUCACACCAAACCUGUGACUGUUAUUACUAUAGACUACGAUGGAGAGCUGCUCGCUACAGGAAGUGACGACUGUACCGUGUUUUUCUUCACUAUAGGAGAUACUUAUAAACCUAUUGGGUUUAUAGAGACUGCUUCUCCUGUCGUGUCUAUCGUAUGGUCAAAUAAGGGCAAGAAGGGGAAAGGUGUGUUGGUGAGCUGCAAGGAUGGUACGGURUUAGAGGUGGAGGCACCACAGCACGGGGAACAUGAUACAAGCAAAACCUAUCAUUUGCCGCUACAGAAUUUGAAGAUUACCGAGUUCUUCUUUAAAAGCGUUAAAGACAAGCUUAGGAAGGCUGAGAAGGACGCCAUCAAAGCGAAGGAGAAGGCGGAGAAGCAGAAGAAAAAGGAGGCAGAACGAGCUAGAAGACGUGAAAGAGGGAUAGAAGAGGAGGAAGACGAGAAUGAAGAAGAGGAAAACGAAAAAGAGGAAGAGGAGGAGAAACGAGACCAUGGUCCAAGCCAGAUCAUUCAUGGAUUCUACUAUGGGAAGACUACCGAUAGGUUCUACCUCUCCAUGGAUGGCUGGGAUGCUGGAUACCUUUAUGAGUGUGCGUUUGAUGACAAGCCUCCCCCACCACCAGGGACAGAAGACCGGUCAGGAGAACCUAAGCGUUGCAUCCCAGUAGACAACAGCAACGACGUUCCCAUCCGGUCGGUCUACUUCACCAACUCCAAAAAAUUCAUAAUCUUUGGCAUGGACAAUGGCGCUGUUCGUAUCCACCCUUUGGAGCAAGACACAGAGCUGGAACACCUCUCCUCCUAUUGGUCGUUCAGUAUCCAUGACAACCAUAACGGUACCAUCACUAAGAUCAAGACGAGUUUUGAUGACAAGUAUGUCUUUACGACUGGUCACGAUGGAAACUUCUUUGUGCACAAGUUUAUGGAUAAAGCCUUGAAAGGAAUCAAAGUACCGCAUAAAGUAUCGCUACCAUCGCCAAAGAAACUGAUUGGAGAAGACGGUCAAGAGAUUCAGAAGAAAGUAGAUGACAUUGACGAUCCGAACUUUUACAGUAUCGAGCUGGAAAAACAGAAAGCUGAGCAUGACAGGAUGAUGAAACUCGCUGAAGAGAAAAAACAAAACAUAAGAAGAAAGAUCACAAACCUGAGAAAAGCAUUCAAGCAGCUGAUGAACAGAAACCAAGAGCUACCGAGUCACGUGCAGCUGAAAACAGAGGAAUUUGUAGUUGAUCCAAAAAUCAAGGAAGAGCUUAAAGCCAAGACACAAGAAAAGAUGGAGCUGGUGCGCAAAGAACUGGAAUGGGAAUCUGAAAAACAGUCCAUUGGGUUGAAAAAACUGCAAAAACGGUUUAAAGAUGAAGUCGAGUGCGAGCGAAUAGUCCUGCGCGCGUUUCUCACGGAACAUCUUGUGUCAUCAUUCCGUGCCUCUAAGCCAGACUACCUCCACCUCUUGCUACAAGAAGCCGAGGGCACCACCGGUAAGGGCCAAGAGGGACAGGACGGUGGGACGAACAAGAAAUCGGCGGUCAGGCAGAUGAGAAGGCAGAGCACAGCAGAGAAGAUGCUACCGCAACAGCAACAGCAGCUUCAACAACAGGCAGCCCAAGGACAGAGUCAGCUGGGUGGUAAAGUGGCGAAGGCGCUGGAGAAGGCUGAAGCUAGGAGAAUAAAGAGAAUGAAUAGACAAGCACAGUGGGAUGAACUGAAUCGUAACAAGCCAGAUGAAAACUACGAGGAUCCUAAAGACAAAGCAGCCAUCAAAGAAGCUAAAGAAAACAUGGGAGACUACAAGCUGAAAACCGCUAAAGACUACGUGGUGCCAGAGAGUCAGAGAGUGAAUGCCGAGAAGAAGAGGCUACAGCUUCUCAAGCUACUGGAUCAGAUUCACCAGUAUAAGUUUGAAUUCAACCAAAACUUCUUGGCUCUGAGGAAUAAAAAGAUCGCCAUCAUCAAAGAGGCCAAAGAAAACAUCAUCAAAAUCGAAGAAAUGCAGAAGAAGAUUGAAUUGCACGCUCGCCGUCCAAUCCCGAAAGUACCAGAAAUGCGUCCAGACGAACAACCUGAAAGGCGUCUUGAGUAUACGCGAGAACGUCUUCUUGAGUUUAAGAAAGAACUCCUGACAAAGCAGGAUGGACAUGGAGAAGAGUCUGGUGGGGGUUUUGGCGGAUUUGGUGGAUUUGGCGGCGGUGGAGAGGCUGGUAAGCAGGGAGGGCAGAGUAAGCCUGGUACCCAAGCACGUGAUCGGUCAGUAUCUUCAGUAUCGGUCCAUUCUGGUGGAAGACCGAAAUCCAGUCUAAGUGGACCCACAGAUAAGGGCACGCCCGAGCCCCUGUUGGAAGAAGUACCAGAGGAACCUUCUCCUCUAGAGCUCCAGAUUCAACAAGAGGAGCAAAUAAAGUUGCAGUACGAGCAAGAUGUUUUGAUUGACAACAUCCAAAACAUGAUGAAGAAAUUCGACGCGGAUUUGCGCACGUUACGCCACGAUAAACAACACCUGGAUGUGGCCUUGAAGUGCGCUGAUCUGCGCCAGGUCACGCUGUUCGAGGAGUACAUGUUAUUGAAGGAGUUCGAGAAGAGAGAGAAUGUCUACGCUACUAAAGUGAAUACUAAACUGACAGAGAAAGAAGAAAUGCAGGAUAAGGUAGAAGAUUGUCAGAUGAAGCUCGAAGCAAAGAAACAAGACAUUGAGAAACUACUGGAUCGAGAAAAGACGCUCUACACAACCUUCUCGACCGCUAUGGGAGAAAAUAACAAGUUCGAAAACUUUUUGACCAAAGUCUUUAAGAAGAAAAUCAAACGAGCAAAGAAGAAAGCACAGACCGAAAAGGGCUCAGACGAAGAAAGCGAUGAAGAAGACAGUGAUGAAGAUUUGUCAUCAAGCGACGAAGAAGACAGCGAUGCAGAGGAGCUUGACGAUACUGUCUGUCCUCCAGGAUGUGACCAAGCAUUGUUCGACCAAGUGUGCCAGCUACGAGAAAACCGAUUAGAUUUGGAGGAAGAGCUGGCGGAUGAGAAAAAAGCUAGCGAAACUUUGAAGAAAGAAUGCGAUGCUUUGGUAAAGAAAGCAAAAGUUAUUGACUCGGCUCUUAACACUGCUGAAGCAGACCUUGAAGCCUUCCAGCGCGAGAAACAGCAAAAGUUGAACGAGCUCGAUGUGGUUGUGGUGUUACGCUUGAGUCAAAUCCAGUACAUGAUCAACAACACCAUCCCUCAAGACUUGUCGCCUUGCCUCGUGUUCUGCGGCUCAGGCCUCAACCAGUUACAACACAGGAUUAAAGAACUAGAGAAAGAAAAACACGAGCAGAAACGCCUGUAUAGAGAACAUCGACACAAGCAUGUGCAGCUGAUUAGAGACAAGAAAGUUAUGGAGUCCAAGAUUGCCGAACUAGACGAGAAAGUCGAGAACAUGAUGAUGCUCAAGUUUGGCCGACUGGUUGACUUAGAGAAACUGGAGACGGUCAGUGUGAAUAGAACUGUGGAAGAACUGAAGGAAAAAUUGAGGCAACAAGAGGUGAAAGCUGCCAAGGAUGUUGCUAAAUGGGAUACGAAGAUUGAUUCGUACAAAUCCAAGAUCACGCAGUUAACCCGCGAGAACACGCAACGCUUAGACACGUUUACUGUGCUACUUGAAGAAAAGAAAGAACUCGAACAGAUGCUGGAUUCCAGGCAGAAAUCAUUGGGUACCGAGUUCACCGGGGCGCGUAAAGCUGACGUACGUGAACGACAACGAUUGAUUCAACUGGUCCAACUUCAAGCCCAGGAGAUCGAUGCUCUAAAGGACGAAAUCACCUUACUGUCGCGUAAAGGUGGUCACAUCUUACCACCUGCACAGCCACCUCUACCACCAGGACAGACACCCAUACCUAAUGCAUAGGACAAUCAUCAGUUGUUUUGUACAUAGAAUUUCACAUGGUGUUAUAAUAUUUUUGUAAUCUCGUUUUUCAAUUAUUUUCAGUAUUUUUUUUUUCGGUUUAGGAAAACAGUUUUGUAGUGGUGAUUGUAUUUAUUGCGGUGAGUUGUGUUACCUCGCUUUGGUUGAAUAUUUGGAAUAAAAUAACUUUUUUAGAA